AUUCGUUGUUGCAACAAUUUUCUGGAUAAUUCUGAAAGGGAUGCUCUCUUUUCUGUACCAAACUUUGACUGUGUAACUUGUCUUCCGACGGUAUCUUCUUGAUGACACCAGAUACCUGUUUCAUAGAUCAGAUUUUGAUCUGAAGGAAGUUCUAUCAUCAGAUAAAACUGAGCUAGCAGCGUCUGAUAUUUGGAGCUUUUGGCAAUUUCCAUGGCAGAAUACUCCCCUUCUCUUUAACUGGAUGUUGGCACUGCACUUCAGUAUCACUUUGUAAAGUAGCUGUUACACUGAAGGGUUUUAGGGGAUUUACUCUCCUCAAUUUCUUAAUAAUCUGGAGACAGACGGCUUUACUCAGCAACUGUGGCUGUUGGCUUGCAAAAAUCAUAUUCUCUGUCUCUCUCUGAAGCAGUCAGCUGUGUUCACAACUGAGCGGUUGUAGAGGUUUACUCUCCUCAAUCUGUUGGAAUUCUGAAGAAAAUAAGCUAAGAUGUCUUACAUGCUUAGCCAUCUCCACAACGGCUGGCAGGUCGACCAGGCCAUCCUCGGCGAGGAGGAUCGCGUCGUCGUCAUCCGCUUCGGUCACGACUGGGACCCGACGUGCAUGAAGAUGGACGAGACGUUGUACAGGAUCUGUGACAAGGUGAAAAACUUUGCUGUGGUGUACCUCGUUGACAUCACAAAAGUGCCGGAUUUUAACAAGAUGUACGAGUUGUACGACCCGUGCACUAUGAUGUUCUUCUUCAGGAACAAGCAUAUAAUGAUAGAUCUGGGUACUGGUAACAAUAAUAAGAUCAACUGGGCUAUAGACGAUGAACAGGAGGUUAUUGAUAUUGUGGAGACAGUGUACAGGGGCGCGAGGAAAGGGCGUGGUUUGGUGGUGUCACCCAAAGACUAUUCUACCAAAUACCGUUAUUAAUGUCCUCUACUGCAACUCUGUUGCCACCUGCUCGGCUUUGUUGAUGGCAGCGAUUAAGGACAUGAAUACUGGCAAGUGCCAUGCCUUCACUUAUCAGCAUUCCUCAGACAUUUUCUUGUAACUUUCGCUACUCCAGAACUGCAAAGCUUUGGUAAAUUCAUUGAUGAAUUUUGUAAAGUAGGGUUGCGGGGCUAUCACAUAUUGAAUCAAAUAUACAACAAUCACCAGGGGAGCCUUUCAUCAACAUUUUCGUCGGACAAGUUGUCGGAUCUAUAAACUUUCCUUGAUAAUGAUUGUAAGAUUGUCAGAUAAGACAGUACAUGUACCUGUCAGAUAAAACGUCUUACAAGUCCGGUCAUGAAAUGCUCCCCAGGUUGUAUCUCAAGAUACACUACAGUAAAUUCUCCAUUUGACUUUCAAUAAGUUAAGUAAGCCUAUUAACUCAAGGCAUUGCUUCAAACCAGAAUAUGCAAAAUAUGUCCCCCCUGUUUAAAGUGCAGCAGAUUUCUGUGUUGCCAAGAAUCUUGACUUGGGUAAUGUCGCCUGUGUGUCGUUCAGAUUUAAUUAUGUCUCAGACACUCUUUGCAUUUAUGUAUAUGUAGUAUGUUUUAGUGUUUUUCCAGCUUUUUUGUUAUGGCACUCCUGGGGUCCAUUGCAGAAAGAGUGCAUUUAAACGCAAGUAAAAAAAAUCAAACGCAAGUAAAAAAAAAAUCAAUCGCAAGUCCCAAAUGCGCGCUGCUGAUUGGUAGAAAAUCAAGUUGGGCGUGAUUUGUUAGAGUUGCGAUUGAUUGCAACUCCUUCUGCAAUUGGCCCCUGGUCCCUGUAAAAGGUUAGCAAUUAAUCGCUAACUUGAAAAAUAGGUUUCUAGUUAGUCCACUGAGCAAAAUUGCACAUGCAACAAUGUUCUUGAUACAUAUAGGUCAUUUCAUGUAGCUCUGUUAAUAGCUAACCUGUGUUACGGGACCCAUUUCUUAAAGCUGUUUGGAAGACUUUACACACGACUGGUGACCCUUUCUUGUGCUACUAGAGUAAAUGUUCUUCCUGUGUAACUGAUUUUAUAGCGCUUAAGAACAGGUUCCAGUUGUGCGUAACUUUAAUAACAAACGGCUUUAUGAAACCGGACCCAGAGAUCAUCAGGUAAUAUUGAUGGGGAAAUAUUAUACUUUAAAAUUAGAGAGGCUUGACACAGUAGUUCCCCUUGGACCCUGGUGAUCUUUAUUUCUACAUGAGGAAGCUAUGGUGUUAAAAUCAUAUCAAGCUUCAAAACUUACAAUAUUUUUCUGAGGAUUAAUAUAAAAUAACCAAAUUAUUCAUUCACUGAAGUCUACAUGUUAUAUGUGCAUGCAUUGUCACAAUUUUAUGGCACCAUGCCACCUCAAUAUCCAAGCCACCGAUCGGAUGUUGUGAAGUACAAUGCAUAUGAAAAUAUCAUGAGAGGACAUAUUUUUGAUAAGCCAAGGGAGGGGAGAGGGGGUUAAAGGCUGUAGUUAUGGACAACUUUAUAAAAAUCUGGGACAUAUUUUGUGCUACAUGUAUAUGUAUAUAAAUGUGGGAUGUACAUGUACCCAAAUUGUUCUUGGUGUUCAUUAAAGUGGGACUGACUUUCCAAUAAGUAAAAGGCUAUUAUUUGACACAAAUGGGGCCCCCUCCUGUCCACCAGUAUUUCAGAUAUCCGUAGAAUAACAGUUGAUAAAUGUUGUUUUUCUUUCUUUGAUUUUAUUUUAUUCAUGAUUAUUUGAUUCAGAAGUCACAAUUGUACGUUGAACUUUAAACAUGUAUGUUCUUUAUAGUAAAUAUGCAAACAGUUUCUGUUUAACAAACACAAAAA